AACCUGGGCUGGCAUUUGUGUUCUCUUAGGGUCUGUAUGACAUCAGUCCAGGAUCUUCUGGCCUUCAUAGUUUCUGGCGAGAAUUCUGGUGUGAUUCUGAUAGGUCUGCCUUUAUAUGUUACUUGACCUUUUUCCCUUACUGCUUUUAAUAUUCUUUCUUUAUUUUGUGCAUUUGGUGUUUUGACAAUUAUGUGACGGGAGGUGUUUCUUUUCUGGUCCAAUCUAUUUGGAGUUCUGUAGGCAUCUUGUAUGCCUAUGGGUAUCUCUUUUUUUAGGUUAGGGAAGUUUUCUUCUAUGAUUUUGUUGAAGAUAUUUACUGGUCCUUUGAGCUGGGAUUCUUCACUCUCUUCUAUCCCUAUAAUCCUUAGGUUUGAUCUUCUCAUUGAGUCCUGGAUUUCCUGUAUGUUUUGGACCAGUAGCUUUUUCUGCUUUACAUUAUCUUUGACAGUUGUGUCAAUGAUUUCUAUGGAAUCUUCUGCUCCUGAGAUUCUCUCUUCCAUCUCUUGAAUUCUGUUGGUGAGGCUUGUAUCUACAGCUCCUUGUCUCUUCUUUUGGUUUUCUAUAUCCAGGGUUGUUUCCAUGUGUUCUUUCUUGAUUGCUUCUAUUUCCAUUUUUAAUUCCUUCAACUGUUUGAUUGUGUUUUCCUGGAAUUCUUUCAGGGAUUUUUGCGAUUCCUCUCUGUAGGCUUAUACUUGUUUAUUAAUGUUUUCCUGUGUUUCCCUAAGUGUGUUCAUGUCUUUCUUGAAGUCCUCCAGCAUCAUGAUCAAAUAUGAUUUUGAAACUAGAUCUUGCUUUUCUGGUGUGUUUGGAUAUUCCAUGUUUGUUUUGGUGGGAGAAUUGGGAUCCGAUGAUGGCAUGUAGUCUUGGUUUCUGUUGCUUGGGUUCCUGCGCUUGCCUCUCGCCAUCAGAUUAUCUCUAGUGUUACUUUGUUCUGCUAUUUCUGACAGUGGCUAGACUGUACUAUAAGCCUGUGUGUCAGGAGUGCUGUAGACCUGUUUUCCUCUCUUUCAGUCAGUUAUGGGGACAGAGUGUUCUGCUUUCGGGCAUGUAGUUUUUCCUAUCUACAGGUCUUCAGCUGUUCCUGUGGGCCUGUGUCCUGAGUUCACCAGGCAGGUCGCUUGGAGCAGGAAGGUUUGUCUUACCUGUGGUCCUGAGGCUCAAGUUUGCUCAUGGGGUGUUGCUUAUUAGCUCUCUGCGGGGGCAGCACCCAGGAAGAUGUGGGCCGCCUUAUCCGGGAGCUUCAGUGCACCAGGGUUCCAGAUGGCAUUUGGUGUUUUCCUCUGGAAUCAGUAACGUGGGCAGAGUGUAGUCUCUUCUGGUUUCCCAGGCGUGUCUGCCUCUCUGAAGGUUUAGCUCUCCCUCCCACGGGAUUUGGGUGCAGAGAACUGUUUAUCUGGUCGGUCCCUUCAGGUUCUAGCGGUGUGUCAGACGCAGGGGACCUCCUGCUCCUGUGCCCUUAUCUCCAGGAACCCAGAGGUUGUAUACAGUUUCCUCCUGGGCCAGGGAUGUGGGCAGGGGUGGGCAGUGUUGGUGGUCUCUUCGCUCUGCAGUCUCAGGAGUGCCCACCUGUCCGGGCAGUGAGGUCUCUCUCCCACGGGGUUUUCUAUGGUCCUUUUUGUUUCUACUUGGUUGAUUUCAGCUCUGAGUUUGAUUAUUUCCUGCCUUCUCCUCCUCCUGGGUUUAUUUGCUUCUUUUUGUUCCGAGCUUUUAGGUGUGCUAUCAAGCUGGUGACAUAUGCUCUCUCCUGUUUCUUUCUGCAGGCACUCACAGCUAUGACUUUUCCUCUUAGCACAGCUUUCAUUGUGUCCCAUAAGUUUGGGUAUGUUGUACCUUCAUUUUCAUUAAAUUCUAAAAAGUCUUUAAUUUCUUUCUUUAUUUCUUCCUUGACCAGGUUAUCAUUGAGUAGAGCAUUGUUCAAUUUCCACGUAUAUGUGGGCGUUCUUCCCUUAUUGUUAUUGAAGACCAGUUUUAGGCCGUGGUGGUCUGAUAGCACGCAUGGGAUUAUUUCUAUCUUUCUGUACCUGUUGAGGCCCGUUUUUUGACCAAUUAUAUGGUCUAUUUUGCAGAAAGUACCAUGAGGGGCUGAAAGAAUGUAUAUCCUUUUGCUUUAGGAUAGAAUGUUCUAUAAAUAUCUGUUAAGUCCAUUUGGUUCAUGACUUCUCUUAGUCUGUCUAAGUCUCUGUUUAAUUUCUGUUUCCAUGAUCUGUCCAUUGAUGAGAGUUUGGUGUUGAAAUCUCCCACUAUUAUUGUGUGAGGUGUAAUGUGUGUUUUGAGCUUUUGUAAGGUUUCUUUUAUGUAUGUAGGUGCCCUUGUAUUUGGGGCAUAGAUAUUUAGGAUUGAGAGUUCAUCUUGGUGGAUUUUUCCUUUGAUGAAUAUGAAUUGUCCUUCCUUAUCUUUUUUGAUGACUUUUGGUUGAAAAUUGAUUUUAUUUGAAAUAGAAUGGCUACUCCAGCUUGCUUCUUCUGACCAUUUGCUUGGAAAGUUGUUUUCCAGCCUUUCACUCUGAGGUAGUGUCUGUGUUUUUCUCUGAGGUAUGUUUCAUGUAGGCAGCAGAAUGCAGGGUCCUCAUUGUGUAUCCACUUUGUUAAUCUAUGUCUUUUUUGGGGGGAGUUGAGACCAUUGAUGAUGAGAGAUAAUAAGGAAUAGUGAUUGUUGCUUCCUGUUAUACUCAUAUUUGAAUGAGAGAUUAUGUUUGUGUGCUUUUCUUCUCUUUGUUUUGUUUCCAAGAUGAUUAGUUUCUUGCUUUUUCUAGGGUGUAGCUUGCCUCCUUAUGUUGGGCUUUACCAUUUAUUAUCCUUUGUAGCACUGGUUUUGUAGAAAGAUAUUGUGUAAAUUUGGUUUUGUCAUGGAAUAUCUUGGUUUCUCCAUCUAUGUUAAUUGAGAGUUUUGCAGGAUACAGGAACCUGGGCUGGCAUUUGUGUUCUCUUAGGGUCUGUGUGACAUCUGUCCAGGAUCUUCUGGCUUUCAUAGUCUCUGGCGAAAAGUCUGGUGUGAUUCUGAUAGGUCUGCCUUUAUAUGUUACUUGACCUUUUUCCCUUACUGCUUUUAAUAUUCUUUCUUUAUUUUGUGCAUUUGGUGUUUUGACUGUUAUGUGACUGGAGGAGUUUCUUUUCUGGUCCAAUCUAUUUGGAGUUCUGUAUGCUUCUUGUAUGGUUAUGGGCAUCGCUUUCUUUAGGUUAGGGAAGUUUUCUUCUAUGAUUUUGUUGAAGAUAUUUACUGGUCCUUUGAGCUGGGAGUCUUCACUCUCUUCUAUACCUAUAAUCCUUAGGUUUGAUCUUCUCAUUGAGUCCUGGAUUUCCUGUAUGUUUUGGACCAGUAGCUUUUUCUGCUUUACAUUAUCUUUGACAGUUGUGUCGAUGAUUUCUAUGGAAUCGUCUGCUCCCGAGAUUCUCUCUUCUAUCUCUUGUAUUCUGUUGGUGAAGCUUGUAUCUAAGGCUCCUUGUCUCUUCCUUUGGUUUUCUAUAUCCAGGGUUGUUUCUAUGUGUUCUUUCUUGAUUGCUUCUAUUUCCAUUUUUAAUUCCUUCAACUCUUUGAUUGUGUUUUCCUGGAAUUCUUUCAGGGAUUUUUGUGAUUCCUCUCUGUAGGCUUCUACUUGUUUAUGUUUUCCUUUGUUUCUCUAAGGGAGUUCUUCAUGUCUUUCUUGAAGUCCUCCAGCAUCAUGAUCAAAUAUGAUUUUAAAUCUAGAUCUUGCUUUUCUGGUGUGUUUGGAUAUUCCGUGUUUGCUUUGGUGGGAGAAUUGGGCUCCGAUGAUGUCAUAUAGUCUUGGUUUCUGUUGCUUGGGUCCCUUCACUUGCCUCUCGCCAUCAGAUUAUCUCUGGUGUUACUUUGUUCUGCUAUUUCUGACAGUGGGUAGCCCUAUAGGCCUGUGUGUCAGGAGUGCUGUAGACCUGUUUUCCUGUUUUCUUUCAGCCAGUUUUGGGAACAGAGUGUUCUGCUUUCAGGCAUGUAGUUUUUCCUAUCUACAGGUCUUCAGCUGUUCCUGUGGGCCUGUGUCCUGAGUCCACCAGGCAGGUCACUUGGUGCAGAAAAGUUGGUCUUACCUGUGGUCCUGUGGCUCAAGUUUGUUCGUGGGGUGUUGUUUUUGAGCUCUCCGUGAGGGCCGCAUCCAGGAGGACCUGUGCUGCCUUUUCUGGGAGCCCCCGUGCACCCCUGGGAAAGGAUUUUUAAGGAGAAUUUCUUGAUGGAGAAUUCCAAGACCCCCAGUCAAAUUUGGGUGAGUCACCACAAGGUCUGUGGAUUUGAUUGGACUAAACACAGGAUAGAAGAAAGCCACCUUCAGAGGUUUGGGGCUUGCUUUCUGCCCAAAUAUAGGAGCUCUUCCACCUGCUCUCCAUUUUGUGAACACUCAGACUUCUGACAAGUUAAGAACCCUUCUCUGAUGAUCUUGUGGCAGGAAUUAGUGUAAGACCAGCACAAGAGUAAAUAGUAGCUUUGCAGAAAAUGUCAUGAACUUUCAUUUAUGACUGACCACAGUUCAGAAAGUACACUGGUGAUGACUACUCCUAUUCCCAUCUGGACUAACUCUGGAAUUAAGUUAAGUCAAAAGCUAGAAGGCAUACAUAACUUUUUCCAUCUAAGUUGAAAUACAUAGAGCCAUUUCAAAUAGAGUCUCUUUGGGUAGGAAAACACACCUUUAAUCUGAGUCCUGAGUCAGAAAAUUACACACCUUUAAUCCAGAUUUUGAGACUAGAAGACUGGGUCACACCUUCUGCUGGAGGCUUAUAUAAGCACAUGGGAGAAGGAAGCUUUGUGUCUUUGCCUGCUUGCUUUCAUCUUACUAGCAAGCCCAUUUUUCAUAGGCGUUAGAGCCCACUUCUUCAGAAUUCCAGCAUAUACUGAAGAACGUGAACACCACAGACUUCUAACCUUGUGGACUAAGUAAGUAAUGGCUUUAGCCAUUGUUGGUAGCUGGACCGCACCCUUAAGUUUUUCUCAUAUAUCAGCUUUCUCUUUACAGAGAGACUUUCAUUCUGUUCAUUUUCUAUAGUUCCCAGUUCAUAAAAUAUAUUUGAAAUCAGAAUGUAGAAAGUUUUGAAACUCAUUGAUAGUUUGAUAUUAUAAUUCUUUUAUUUUAUGAAAAGAGUGCCAGGAUAUGUUUGUUAGAACUAGGUAUGGGUGGGAGGGGUACACUCUCAGGCUCAUUUUGAGGCAUCCCUUUCCCUGGGGGUACCAGCUGUUGUAUAGAAUAUAGUUUACUAUAUAGUUUAUUUAUAGUUUAGAUCAUAUAAUGUAGAUAUACGAUAGAUCAGUAAAUAGAUGGAUAUAGAAAUACCACACACACACAGUUUAUUAUAGCUUUAGUAUAGAAUAAACUUUAUUUAGAGCUUUGGAGGGGAGUUUUGUAGGGAAGAGAAGGGAGUUGAGGUAGAAAAAGACAGACAUACAUAUAUAUAUAGAGAGAGAUUGUGUGAGUCCGAGAAGGAGGAAGAGAAGGGGAGAGAAAAAAAGGAUCAGAGUUCCCACCCAGGAACACAUGGAGAAAAGGGGGGAUGGGGAAGUAGAAAGAGAGACAGAGAAAGGCUUAUAGGAUCAUGUAGAGUAAGAGUAAGAGAGAAUAAGAGAGUAAGGAGGGGACAAACAGAUUAUUUUAUAGUGAGUCAUGCCUAUCUGGAUGUUGCCAGGUAACUGUUGGGUGGAGCCUAGGAGGAAUGCUAAAAUUCCUUCAUCAUGGAUUAAUUUAAAAUUAAAGGAAGAAUUUGAUAGAGACUAUGAUGGAACAGGAAUAGGGUCAUCAUGAUCUUUCACUACUUCUUCCUGACUUUGGGAUGAUGUCUCUCUGGGAAAGCAAAGAAAAUAUGGAUGUUGAUGUUGAUCCAAUCUUAGCAGGGUUGGCUGUUUCCUUGCUAUCAAGGAACCGUGGAACCAUCUGUAGGUAGAAGGAACAGUUCCAGUAGAAGUGUCUGUGUUUGUGAGAGUAGGUUGGAGUAUGUGGGUUGCUUCUCUGGAACUGUCAUGGAUGUUGAUUUUGAGUGAAUUCCUGGACAUGACAAGAUGUUGAAACAUUGUGUGUGUGUGUGUGUGUGUGUGUGUGUGUGUGUAAUAGUAAUAGUAGUACUAGUCAAUUAUAUAUAGUAGAGAAUAAAGUUAAGUGUUUUGGGGAGAAAAGAAUUUUUCUUAGGUGUAUUGAAACCCUUAGGUCUUAGUGGUUCGUGUGAGGGGAGUUCUAAUCCCAGGGAACAGGAAAGGAAUCCCACCCUCUGGAAUAGGUCACAAGUGGGAACUUAGGUUAUUGAUUGACAGGUUACUUAUCUAGAUGCAGUCUGUUUGGUCCAUGGGAAGGAGGUCUGAUUCUUUUUCUUGGAGCUUAUAAGUGUACAAAAGAGAUACAUUUGUUAACAGAGUGAGCAGUCUUUAAGAUGAGCUUAGGAAACCUUUCCUGUAAGAGAAAGAGAAAGAAGGGCUUUUACCUCUGUCUAGAAGAUGGAAUAUAUAUAUGUAUAUACAGUAUAAAUUUAUUAUAAUGAGAAACAUUUUGAAGUAUGUAUUGAAAAGACAAUUAAAGGAAACUGGAAAAUUUGACAACUUUGUGAAUAUGAUAAUUGAUCAUAUAGUUUAGCAUGAGAAAAACUUUAAGUCUAAUGUUAAAAGAUAACCAAAGGAAACUUGUAUUCGUAACUAUGGCAGCUGAUAGUAUAGAUUUAGCAUGAGAAAAACUUUAAGUCUAUAGUUUAAAGACAAUCAAAGCAAACAAAUUUGAAUUUGUGAUAUAAAAGUUGAAUUGUAUAGUGGGAUGUUUUAUUAGGAUUAGGCUAAUUUAUAAGAUUUUUCUUGGUUCAUGAUUGGAUAGUGGCAUAACAAGCAGAGGAAAUAUGAAGCAUUUAGUCACUGGAAAGUGAGUUUAGGAAAUGAAGUAACAGAAGGUUAUAUCUGUGAAACGUUAUAUCUGAAACUUGUGUAUCUUUUAUCCUGAAGCCUGUGAGUUAGACAAACUUGUCUGUUUUUGAGAAGAGAUCCGGUAGUCUUCAAGUUAACGAAUUGACUACUGAGAUAAUAAGGUAGUGGAUUACCUUUGGGUAAGGAACUAGAGGUCUGUUUUCUAACUCUAGUUAGUUUAGCUACAAAUAUAGUCAGAAAUUAGGGAAAAUAAAUUAUAAUCUAGAUGUCAUUAUUUAAAAUGACAGAGGUUGGCCAAUAGUCUUCUACCUAGACAGUUUUCCCAGGUCCCUGUGGUCUCCAUCACAAUUCAGGCAGAGUCAGUGUGGUCAUUAGGUCCAGAAAAGGAGAACCUUUUUUCCUGUGGAGUAGUUACUUUGGAAAAAUGACUCAUCUCGUCCUAGGCAAUAUGAGACAUUUAACUCUCUGGGUAUCCUCAGUUUGACAGCAGUGUAGGGUGAGCUCUGGCAGCAGCAAGGAAAUGGAGCACUGUUUCUCAGUGGUUAUCAUACCACAAUCUAGGCAGUCUUGGUACUGUGCCUAUUUCUUCUCAGAGACCUUGGUGGGUAAGGGUGGGGGAAUUGUAACUGUUAUGUUUUUGGGAUUUUCUGUCCUAAUAACUUUAAACGUGUGAGGUUACAUUUAUCAGAUUUCUGAAAAGAUUGAGAGCUAAUAUCUAUUAAGCAUAUCUAAGUUAUACAAUCAAGGCAGUGAUCUUUAACUUUUCACUGUUGUAAAUCUUAAAAUCAAUAUUAAAUAAUGAUUCACCAAGUCAGGAUAGAAAUUAGAGCCUCUAAGACUGUUCUAAGGUGUGGAGGCAGUGUUUUAGUAACGGCCUAAAGCAAAUAUGGUAGAUGGUCAUGGGACUGUUAUUAACUAAGUUGGCACUGAAGCUACAACCAGUCACUUGACCUGCCUUAGCUAAGAUGGUGCUGAAGCAAUAGCAUAGGUAAACCUUAUCUGCCCACAAUAAAGAUGGCAGUCACUCAGGAGACUGUCCCCAACCAAGAUGGUGAUGAAGCCACAGCUCUGUCUGAAGGAAAGUCAGAUGUUUGUUAGAUUUUGUAAUCGCAGAAGUGGACGUGUAUCAGCAGAAAAAAAACAUAAAAAGGGAAAAACGUAAAGGGAUAAAUGGGCACGUUUUGUUUGAGGGACAAAUGGUUUUUCCUUUCCCCACAGUCAUUCAUCCUCUGUUGCUAAAUGCAGAGCAGCAGGUCAGACCUGUGCAUGGAGAAGCUCAGCCCUCAUAUCUAGUUUAGAGCUGCUGCAGACAUUCUAGUGUUUUUAUUGUAAAAAUAACUAUUAAUCAUCUGUAUUUAUUGUCAUCGCUGAGGCUCUCUGCCUCUACUUGUCAACCUAGGCCUAGAUAUGGAAGCUUCUAUUCUCUUAAAAUCUAUUCUAGGCCUUGAAAAAAUUUACCCUCUGAUACUUAUAGGUGAAUAAUUCACUCCUAACUAAUUGUUUCUGAGGUCUGGAUGAGUGGUUUAAAACCCCUCUCCAUUGUAACUGAUUCAAUCUGUGUUCUUUCAGUUUUUCCUGAGCUGCUCUGCCUUGCCUCAUACUAACUUUCACCAACUGUUGUACUCUUCUGUCUCCUUUCUUGUUCUCUGAAUCAUUCUGUCUUUCCCUGUGUCUCCAUUUCUCUCUCUUCAACCCAUCUCUGAAAAACUCUCCUGGAAAAACUGGGUCCUCUCUUACUUUUCUCUCUGUACUGGUUCCUUUUUCUUCUUUCUUUCUUCCUUUCUUUCUUUCUUUCUUUCUUUCCUUUCUUUCUUUCUUUCUUUCUUUCUUUCUUUCUUUCUUUCUUUCUUUCUCUCUCUCUCUCUUUCUUUCUUUCUUUCUUUCUCUCUUCCUCUCUUUCUUUCUUUCUUUCUUUCUUUCUUUCUUUCUUUCUUUCUUUCUUUCUUUCUUUCCAUCCCAAAUGUUGCCCCAUUCCAGUUUAUCAUUGCAGAAUUCAUUACCCCACACCAUAAUAAAAAAAACAAACAACAACAACAACAACAAAAAACCCAAAAGCAAAAACAAAUGAACAAAAAACAAAACAAAACAAAACAACAGCAGGGUCUUUAUUUUCUUUUCUAGCUCAGGCACCACCCCCACCCCCAUCGCAAUGCACCACAGUCAAGAAAAAUCAUUUUGGUGGUGAAGGAGUACCAAAAGUCUUCUGUUCAGAAUGCCUGUGGACUUAAGUAACCUAAAAAAAGUGGAGAAUAUGCACUUUAAUAUUGUUUUGGCAUAACUUGAAGUAGAUAGAUGUAGUUCAAAUACAGACUCUUUGGGUAGAAAAACACACCUUUAAUCUGAGUCUUGAUGCAGAAAACACACACCUUUAAUCUAGAUCUUAAGACUAGAAGACACACCAUUAACUGGGCCCCACCUCGGUUGCAGCCUGUGUAAGUUUAUAGGAGAAGGACGCUUGGAGUUGCUGCUUGCUUGCUCUCAUCUUACUAGCAAGCUCAUUUCUUCACUGGCAUCUGAACGUACAUCUUCAGGAUUCUGGUCGAUACUGAAGAAGACAUGAGACUUCAAACCUUGUAGAAUAAAUCAACUUUAACCUCCAAACUACCUCCAGAAGACAUGUCAGGGGACCUGGAAGCCAAGAGCUGUGGCUACACACAUAUCAGUGUUCAGAAGUUCUGCUAUGAGUGGACCAUUAGCAACUUUUCAUUUUGCAUGGAUGGAAUUCGUGAAAAUGUUACAAGCCCAAGGUUCUCAUUAGAGGCCAGUGAAGAAAUGCAAUGGUGUUUGAGGAUAUUCCCAAACGGUGUUGAUGAAGAAAGCAAAGAUUACCUGUCUGUUUACCUGGGUUUGCUCAGUUGUCCAAAGAGCCCAGUUUGGGCAAAGGUACAGUUCUGGAUCAUAAACGCCCAAGGAGAGAAAUAUCUUAUUACAAAAAUGUCAAAUGUUUUAAGGUUUCUGCCAAAUCAAUACUGGGGAUACAAAAAGUUCAUCCUUCGAGAUUUCCUCCUCUCCCAUAGGCAUCGGCUUCUCCCUGAAGACCAGUUCACCUUGUGCUGCAAGGUGAGCAUAGUAGAACGCUCCUUUAGCAUGCAUGGAGAUAACAUGAGACCUGCAAUCAAGGAUCCAAGGCAGAUGUUGGUCAACGACAUAGGAGAGCUGUGGGAAAAUUCCCUCUUCACAGACUGCAGCCUGGUGGUAGCUGGCCAGGAAUUCAGAUCUCACAAGGCCAUUCUAGCAGCUUGCUCUCCAGUUUUCAGAGCCAUGUUUGAACAUGAAAUGCUAGAGAGCUUAACAAACCGCAUUGAGAUCCAUGACAUUCACCUGCAAGUCUUUAAGGAAAUGAUGGCCUUCAUUUACACAGGGAAGGCACCACACCUCCACAGCCGCUCAAUGGCCACAGGUUUGUUGGCAGCUGCUGACAAGUAUGACCUGCAGGGCUUGAAGGGCAUGUGUGAGGAUGCCUUGUGCAGGAACCUCUCUGUGAAGAAUGCUGUACCUACUCUCAUCCUGGCUGACCUCCACAAAACAGAGCACCUGAAGACUAGGGCCAUGGAUUUCAUUAUACUUCAUGCUUCUGAAGUCUCUGAUACCGUGGGGUGGAAGUCAAUGGUGGAGUCACAUCCCCACUUGGUGGAGGAAGCAUUUUACUCCCUGUCUUCCAUACAGUGUCCUGGCUUUGAGCCCUCACUUGAAUGCUGAAAGACAUUUUAGGAGCUUAACGGCUAUGACCUACACCUGUCUUCCAACAGCAGCAACCAGUGUUUUUACAAAUGACUUCUGUUUAGACUACAGUAUUGCUGGAGCAUUUACAGUGAAUCUGGGGAAAGGCAGCCUGGUGGCUCAGGAUUUAAAACGGCUGUAAUAUGUCAAAAUGGUGUAUGGGCAAAGAGCAGCUCUAGGGUCAUGGAUACUCUACCUGACAAUUACCCUGUUGAUGCUGUUUGAUUCUUGUCUGAUGUCUUGGAAACUGGGAUUCAACUGGCCUGAUGCACAACCCAACCUACUUUCUUUGGAGAAACUUGUCUGCAUUGGACUGAGCAGAAUAGAUGACCUAACUUAUGUGUAUUAAGUGACAUGUAAAGUUUUUCACCUAAUUCUGGUGUAUUUUCUAUCUGUAAAUAAAAAUUCUUUCAACUUUA